UAUUUCCCGUACGAUUAUAAUUCUCCGAUCUGUUCAUUCUUUACAUGUUCCAAAGAUGCAGAUGGUAUGGAAGAAAAACAAGAAGCGCUCGCGUCCCCUGCUACCGCGCCCAUCAAAUCUUCCUUUCGAAGAUGAAAACGAUACACUACUUCAAUCUCCUCAACCUCCCCAUGAUUCAGACCAGAAUUUGGCGCUAUCAAAGCAAUUUCAAGCCCUAGGAGAUGCCUUAGCCGAGAAUGGAAAGUAUGACGAGGCACUUGGAAAAUGGGAGGCAGCACUUUCAAUAACACCUGAAAGGGCAGUAUUGCAUGAACAAAAAGCACAAAUCUUGCUUGAGAUUGGUGAAACAUGGAAAGCAUUGCAAGCAGCCACACGUGCAACAGAACUGCAACCAUCUUGGCCAGAGGCAUGGGUGACACUCUCCCGAGCCCAGCUAAAUUUUGGAGAACCAGAGCUUUCUAUCCAAAGUUCUAAGAAAGCAUUAGAAUUGCAGCCAAAUUGCAAGGAUGCUCAGGUUGAUAUGGAAGUUGCUAUGCAUCUUAUUGCUAAUAAGCGACAGCUUAGACAGGCAGGUGUAAGAGUAGCUGAAUAUCGUUAUACUGUUGGUGACUCUGAGAAAAGGCCUUCCAACUCAAAUGAUGAUUCAGAAAAUGCAUCAUCUAAAUCUGUGGAAAUUUUGUCUCCAGAAUCAGCUGAAAAAACAUUAUAUGUAGCAAAUGUGGACAGUCUUAAAAAUGCAGAUGAAAGUUAAGUGAAAAAUAAAUUUUCAAAAUUGUGGAAGAGAUGUCCUGAAGAUGGAUGAUGUUGAACGCCACCCAUUGGAGAAAUUCACAAUUGUAAAUGAUGCAACCUUAAUAUGAUUUAUAUGCUAAAACAUAAAUUAGAACAUUAAUAUGACCUAUACAUAUGUAUGAUAUAUACACCAUUUCAAUAUAACCUUCUGCUCCUUUUAA